AUGCUGCCGCCGGGGUGCAAUGGCACUGCACACCCGGCACGGCUGGGGCCGCAGCGGCAGCUGGCACAGCGGGCUACCCCAGGGGGCUCGGCGGGAGCGGCGCGGCUGGGACCCGCGCAGGUGGUCACCGCCGGCCUGCUGACUCUCCUCAUCCUCUGGACCCUGCUGGGCAAUGUGCUGGUGUGCGCAGCCAUCGUUCGCAGCCGCCACCUGCGCGCCAAGAUGACCAAUGUCUUCAUCGUUUCCCUGGCCGUCUCUGACCUCUUCGUGGCGCUGCUGGUCAUGCCCUGGAAGGCGGUCGCCGAAGUGGCCGGGUACUGGCCCUUUGGGGCUUUUUGCGACGUCUGGGUGGCUUUCGACAUCAUGUGCUCCACGGCGUCCAUCCUGAACCUGUGCAUCAUCAGCGUGGACCGCUACUGGGCCAUCUCCAGGCCCUUCCGCUAUGAGCGCAAGAUGACCCAGCGCGUGGCACUAGUUAUGGUGGGCCUGGCCUGGACCCUGUCCAUCCUCAUCUCCUUCAUCCCGGUCCAGCUUAACUGGCACAGGGACCAGGCAGGCUCUUGGGGUGGGGCAGGUCUGCAGUCCAACGAGACGCCCUGGGAGGAAGACCGGGAGAACACUGGGCAGGCGGAGAACUGCGACUCCAGCCUGAACCGAACUUAUGCUAUCUCCUCGUCGCUCAUCAGCUUCUACAUUCCGGUGGCCAUCAUGAUCGUGACCUACACGCGCAUCUAUCGCAUAGCGCAGGUGCAGAUCCGCAGAAUUUCCUCCCUGGAGAGGGCAGCUGAGCAUGCACAGAGCUGCAGGAGCCACGGGGCCUGCGAGACAGACGCCAGAGCAUCCAUCAGGAAGGAGACCAAGGUCUUCAAGACCCUGUCGAUGAUCAUGGGGGUCUUUGUGUGCUGCUGGCUGCCCUUCUUCAUCCUGAACUGCAUGGUUCCUUUCUGCGAAGACGGUGAUGACCAGGACCCAAGGGCUGGCUUUCCCUGCAUCAGUGAGACCACCUUUGACAUCUUCGUCUGGUUUGGCUGGGCCAACUCCUCGCUCAACCCCAUCAUCUAUGCCUUCAAUGCUGAUUUCCGGAAGGUGUUUGCCCAGCUGCUGGGGUGCAGCCACGUAUGCUCCCAGACUCCAGUGCAGGCUGUGAACAUCAGUAACAAACUUGUCUCCUACAACCAAGAUGUGGUCUUCCACAAGGAGAUUGCAGCUGCCUAUGUCCACGUGAUCCCCAAUGCAGUGUCCCGUGGAGACAGAGAGGUGGCCAACGAUGAGGAUGAAGAGGAGGGACCUUUUGAUCACAUGUCUCAGAUCUCUCCAACGACCCCAGAUGAUGACCCAGCUGCUGAGUCUGGGUGGGAGCUGGAUUGUGAGGGGGAGAUUUCCCUGGGCAAAAUCACCCCAAAUAGAUUCCAUUAAACUGCAUAAGAAAUGCCCUCAUGGGUAUAUAUAACUGCAACCACACAUGCACACAUGCACGUGUGCACAUGUGCAAAUACACACACUCCAAGCACACUCCAGCCUGCCUGUAUCUCUGUGCAUAGUCCAGCUGCGUAGAAACAAAGUGAUGCUUAGUUGAAAAAAAUAGCCAAGGCAGUUGGAAUGAACACAUAUUCUGGACACAGACCAGUACCCCCACUAGGGAAGAGAAACUGGAGUCUGGUCCUUUAAGAAUAUACUCUUGACUUCCCUUUUCUAAU